UCGCCCGGAGCCAAGAUGGCAGCAGCAGGACAUAACUCCUCCCCCUUUGCUUCCCUCUUCUCUGCCGCGCUGCCCCUGGGAGUAGGAGGAGUCAGAACCUGUUGCCGGCGCCAUCUUGUUAUUCCCGAGAAAGAAGGAGACGAGCACAGAGGCCCGCCUGGUACAAUGGGGAGAAAAAAGAAGAAGCAGCUCAAGCCCUGGUGCUGGUAUUGCAACAGAGACUUUGAUGAUGAGAAAAUCCUGAUUCAGCACCAAAAGGCAAAACACUUUAAAUGCCACAUCUGUCACAAGAAGCUUUACACCGGCCCUGGCUUAGCCAUCCAUUGUAUGCAGGUACACAAGGAGACCAUAGAUGCUGUGCCAAAUGCCAUUCCUGGAAGGACAGACAUUGAACUGGAAAUAUAUGGCAUGGAGGGGAUCCCUGAAAAAGACAUGGAGGAAAGGAGACGAAUACUUGAACAAAAGACCCAAGUUGAUGGUCAGAAGAAGAAAACCAACCAGGAUGAUUCUGAUUAUGAUGACGAUGACGACACUGCGCCGUCCACUUCAUUUCAACAGAUGCAGACACAGCAGGCAUUCAUGCCUACAAUGGGACAGCCUGGGAUUCCUGGCUUACCUGGCGCACCAGGAAUGCCCCCAGGCAUUACAUCUCUAAUGCCAGCAGUGCCCCCACUCAUCUCUGGAAUACCACAUGUCAUGGCAGGGAUGCACCCACAUGGGAUGAUGUCAAUGGGUGGAAUGAUGCAUCCACAUCGACCUGGUAUACCUCCUAUGAUGGCCGGAUUGCCUCCAGGCGUACCGCCUCCAGGGCUUCGUCCAGGUAUCCCUCCUGUGACACAAGCACAACCUGCAUUGUCUCAAGCUGUUGUCAGCAGAUUGCCUGUCCCUAGCACUUCUGCCCCUGCCCUGCAGAGUGUUCCCAAACCCCUCUUCCCUAGCGCAGGACAGAUGGCAUCUUCCGUCAAAAACUCAAGUACAUCGGCCUCCAAUUCAGAAAGCCUGUCUGCACCUUCUAAAGCUCUGUUUCCUAGCACAGCGCAAGCUCAGGCCCACAUUUCUGGACCGGUGGGAACGGAUUUCAAACCCUUGAACAAUAUUCCUGCUACCACUGCAGAACAUCCUAAACCAACAUUCCCUGCUUACACCCAGUCUACCAUGUCAACCACUAGCACAACAAAUAGCACUGCUUCUAAACCAUCCACUUCCAUAACAAGUAAGCCUGCUACCCUGACAACUACUAGUGCCACUAGUAAGUUGGUGCACCCCGAUGAGGAUAUAUCUCUGGAGGAGAAACGUGCUCAGCUUCCAAAAUACCAACGUAACCUACCCAGGCCUGGCCAGGCUCCCAUCAGUAAUAUGGGUAGUACAGCUGUUGGGCCUUUGGGAGCCAUGAUGGCUCCUCGGCCUGGACUACCUCCCCAGCAGCAUGGAAUGAGGCAUCCAUUGCCACCCCAUGGUCAAUAUGGUGCACCACUUCAAGGAAUGGCCGGCUAUCAUCCUGGUACAAUGCCUCCCUUUGGACAAGGACCCCCCAUGGUACCACCCUUUCAAGGUGGGCCCCCUAGGCCUCUCAUGGGAAUAAGACCUCCUGUAAUGUCUCAAGGUGGCCGCUACUGAUGUCUCUGCACUAGUAAAUAGGUUUGGAGAUUAAACCUUUUCUCAUCUUGUGCUGUGUAUAUAGCCAAGCUUCCUUCACUUAGAGCUUCAUUGUGACUAAAACGUGUCCCCCUACAUACCCGGAACUUUUUGGACAUUUUGUUUUACUUGUGGGAGGGUUAUUUUUAUUUGUGGGCAGGAGUUUGUGGGGAAUAAACCAGGAAUAUAUCCCUGAGAUUGCAAUUUAUACUGUAUGGCUUCUUUUUCAUGUUUCAUCUAGGUUUUUAGAAGUGGCGUAUAGUAAAUAUGGUUCGUUUAAAUGUGAAGGCGCCAAAUACCACCUUAAAGGCAAGUUCUGUAAUGUUACUUUGCUCUCUGUAUUAUAAUGCCUUCACAGCAUCCUAGGGUGCUGUUGGACUUUGGUCCCCAACAGUGGUUGGUGAGGGCUGUAUCUCUUGCACCUAAAUUAUUGUAUUUAGGUCUCUGACAUCCCACCCACUAAAGUUCAGCCGACUUAUGUGUAAUGUAAAGAACUUCAUUGUGUAAUAAAACAAGCGAAACUUU